AUGUCUUUCUGGCUGGCUGUCAAGACAUCAUCACAGUGUGUCCAUGUGUUCAGGAGAAUGGCAUUGAUUCAGGUCGUGGAUUCUGAUUCUAUGUUUUGGCUGGGCGCAGUUGCCCUUACAUCGCUGCUCGCAUGGGUCAUUCUUCGCGUAUGCUAUAAUGCAUUUCUGCAUCCACUGAGACAAUACCCGGGCCCCAGGCUAUGGGCUGCCACACGCCUACCAUGGUGCUGGUACCAGGCGCAUGGCCGGCUAAACCAGAAGCUGCUUGAAUUGCAUCUACGAUACGGCCGCAUUGUGCGAGUCGCUCCAAACGAACUAUCUUAUAAUUCGGAAGAAGCAUGGAGAGCAAUUUACGGACUCAGAUCAGAUGAGAUGGGCAAAGAUCCCAUAUUCUCGCUGCGAACGCCAACUGGCGUACAAAAUAUCCUGACGGCAGACAGACAGACUCAUACGAGACAACGACGACUUCUAUCGCAUGCGUUUUCCGAGAAAGCACUGCGUGAACAAGAAGGCAUCAUCCAGGGGUAUGUUGACCAGCUCAUGAAACAACUGGCCGCUCGAGCAAAUAAUGGCCCGCAAAACAUGGUAGACUGGUUCACCUUCACUGCAUAUGAUCUCAUUCGAGACCUUUCCUUCGGCGAACGGUUCCAUUGCCUGGACAACGCGGAAUACGAUCCCUUCGUGAAAUCUAUCCAGGCAAUCUCCAAAGAACUGACUUUCAUCCAAAUGUUAGCCUACUACAAACUACUGUCUCUUCGACAGCUCUUCAUGCCCAAAGCAUCUGCAGGAGCACGGGCACAGAACAUGCAGCGAGUAAUUGAAACUGUCAAUCGUCGCGUAGAUCGAAACACCGACCGCAAGGACUUUCUGCACUACAUCCUUGCCGCGAUGGAGACUGAAAAAGGAAUGUCGCGCGCCGAGAUGAACGUCAACGCUUUCUCUUUCAGCAUAGCUGGGUCAGAGUCGUCAGCGACGGCAUUAAGCGCAUUCACAUACUAUACUCUCUCACGGGUGAGUGUGUACGAUCGACUCGUCGCUGAGAUCCGCGGAACAUUCGAUGCAUAUGAGCAGAUAGAUAUCCCUUCUACUGCCCAGCUGUCAUACCUGAAUGCCGUACUGCAGGAGAUGCUGCGGAUCUACCCUCCUGUAGCUGUGACUCUACCUAGGGUUGUCCCUGUCAAUGGCGCAGUCAUUGAUGGGGAUUUCGUACCCGCCGGAGUAACAGUGGGAGUCAAUCACUUCGCUUGCUAUCACGAUCCACGCAACUUUCACCGUCCACAAGAGUUCUUGCCUGAGCGGUGGUUGCCAGAAUGUCAGGCGCAGGGGCCGUUUUCGAAGGAUUGCCAGAAAAGUUGCCAACCAUUCUCUUUUGGACCCAGGAACUGUCUUGGUAAGAACCUAGCGUGGGCGGAAAUGCGACUGAUCGCGGCGAAACUGCUGUUUCUAUUUGAUAUGGAGAUAGAUGAGACAAGCAAAGGUUGGACUGACGGACAGAAGGUCUUUGGGUUUUGGGUGAAACCGCCGUUGUUUGUCAAAUUGAUGCAGAGGGGUUGCUAG